AAGCAUGAUUUAUUAUAAUUGUAGAAGGAUGAAUUAUGUGGCAAAGAUGAUGUAGAUAGAGCUAUCAUGUGGAAGAGAGCACGAGUGCCCAAGAGUGGCGACAUAGAAGACGAGAAGUUAAAGAAGACUAUGGAUAAGAUUGAUGAGUGCAUACGACUAAAGCAUGAAGGAGAAUUGGACACUAACAUGUUGGAGGAAGAUUUGCUUUCCUAUGCACUACAGAAGUCUGAACACUCGGGGCGUGUUAGGGCGGUUGGUAGUUACAUUACUCCUUCUGUGUUCUUCAAGUAUCCCAAGGAGAGAAGACAACACAUGAGAAAAGAUGAGAUGAAGAAUACAGAAAUGCAUAAGGUGAUUGAAGAGUAUGCUAACAUAGUAAAGAACCUACAAGAAAGAGUUUCUCAACUUGAAGCCGAAAAAGAGAAAGAUAAAGAUACAGAAGAAAAAGGGAGUUGUUCUAUUAAGCAACCGUGUUUGUGGAUGGAUGAAGAAACAGACAAGGACAAAAAUAAUGUUGAUGAAGUGGUGUUGAUUGACAAAGUUGAUGCAGUAAAGGGUGUUGCAAGAUCGUUGGAGUUCACUUCUCCGCCCCAAAAAGCAGCAAACCACAAAGUAGUUAAUGAAAGCAAGGUGAAGUGUUUUGAUUCUUUGCAUACAUCAUUGAAAAUGUUGUGCAGAUAUGUUGAUAAGCACUUGACGAAUGGUGAAGGAAUUUUUGUGCAAUUUGACUUUGACAUCUUUGGUAAGCCUUUUGAGCUAUACGUGCAUGCCGAUGACAUCGUUGAUUUUUGUGAAUUAGAGCCAAUAUCAGGAAACUGCAUAGUAGUAUACAUGUGGCACUUAUACAAAAAAUUGAAGAAUAGUAGUGUUUCUCAUCGGUUUUGUUUUGUGGAUCCGUUUGAUGUAUCAUAUGUAAACAAGUACAAGCAUGAUGCACGAACACUAGCUUUGGCAAAUAGGCUUGAGAAUAUAUCCCCCGGUCAAUUAGUUAUAUGUCCGUGCAAUAUAAAGGAUCAUUGGAUUCUUACCGUGUUGGAUCCUCACAAAGAGAUAAUUUAUCAUUUUGAUUCUCUCGGUGAAUGUAUGUUUGAUAAUACUUGGAAGACUAUUGUGAACACGGCGAUUUACAUGUUCAAUGCAAAAUUACAAAAAAGAGGCAAGAAACAAAUCACUUGGGAACUCAUGAAGUGUCCAAUACAACCGGAUUUCAAACAAUGUGGAUUCUUUCUAUUGCGAUUCAUGAAGGACAUUAUUGAAAAUACUAUAGAGAGUGGUUCAUGCUCUCUACGUUUACUUGAUAACCAAACUUAUGAUCGAAAGGAUAUUGAUGAAGUUCGUGUUGAGUGGGCAAGCAUGUUGAUGGAAAAUAUUUAGUACGAUCGAUUUUUGUUUUAGUGUGAUAGACUUUUUGAAUCGACAUAAUUGUAUUGAUGAUAUGCACUUCAUACUUUGUAUUUUAUGGUUAAUUUUAGGUUUGACAUUGUAUUAAUACUUGCUACAAUAUUGUUGGAUGAAAUAUUUUAAUUAUGUGCAAUGAAAUUUAUUUUAUUUUAA